GUUCCGUAAAGACAACGCCGAAUAGCUCCGAUCGACAUUGGUUGGACCCGACCCGUAUGUGAUAACGAUCUUUGGCGGGUAAACCACACCCACACUUUCUCUCUACCUUCUUCGUGUUCCUUCUGCAACAAAUAACAAUCGGUCUUCAUCACACGCCAUAUCAAAGAUUCAGUCUAUAUCUAACAUUCUUGAUCCAUCUAAACCCUAAAUUUUGAUCUAACAAAGCCCUAAUCUGAAACAUGCAUCACCAAAACGAGAUGAAUUAUCCUUCAUCAUCAUCGUAUUACGAUUACUACCAAUCUGACACCCAAAACCCUACUCCUAAUCCCCCAUUCGAUCAUUUCCCUUCUACAACCAACGCAUCAGCCCCUCCAGAUCCUUCAAUUUACUAUUCUUCCGAUUACUACACUAAUCACCCCUCUACUCACUACCCUAAUAACGAUCGUCAGAAUGGAACGUUUCAGAGUUUUGAUUCGAGUAAUCCUAGUUACGAUCCGAACUCGAUACCUUCUUGGUAUUACCAUCAAUCGUGUGAUCAGAAUCAGAAUCAGGCGGCUGUGGAGUUCGGAGGUGCUACAGUUGACGAAAGUGUGUAUGCGUACACCGGAGGAAAUAGUGGUAGGCAGGCGGAGUCCUCUAAGGUGCCAGCGGUUAGGUUUGAUGAUUAUGGGAGACCUAUCGGUGUUCCUGAUGGUGGCAAGACUGAGCAGAUUGUAAUCGAGGCACUGGAAAAUGACAAAGUAAUUGAAGAUGUCUAUGCUUACAAUGGAGGUAAUAACGGCAGGACAGAUCAUUCGUCUUCUAGGUUGCCUGCACUGAGAUUUGAUGAUUACGGGAGACCUAUAACUUUUGGUACUGAUGGCGGGAAUGCGCAGAGGAGUUCAAUUUCAUCAUUGGAUGAUGCGAAGAUUGUAAAAGCUACACCAAAAGUCCAUGCGAAUGAAGAUGUGAAAAGCGGAGUACAGAAAUUCCGUGUAAUUCUUCUCUCUGAAGGGGGUGGAGUUCAGGGAGACAUGGAUGUGCUAUGUCAGAUUGGUUUAGAUGGUAUUCGGAUGCUUGAUCCUGCAACAAACCGAACACUGAAACUCUAUUCCCUUGAAUCUGUAACAAGAUGGGAGGUAAUGGAUUCAAAUAUAUUUGCUUUCUGGACCAAAAGUUCCAUUGAUGUUGAUGAAAGACGUGUGAGACUAAAGUCAAACAGUUAUACCACAACCAAUAUCCUUGACAUGGUAGCUGCUGCAAGCAUUCAGCUCAAGGAGAUGGAAGAAGUAUCAAUCUCUGAACAACCAACUGAAAAGAAGAAAGUCUUCCCUGAUUGGAAAAACUUGAUUAAGCCUGGAAAUGAAGAAAAAGAUCACUGGGAAAAUGCUCAACAAGUUCGAGUUUGUGACCAAUGCAUGGCUGAAGUUACUCAGAGGCUGAGUCAUGUGAAUGAGGUGGCAGGUAGAGGUUCUUCUGGGUUUAAUAGGCAUGAAGAUCUUGCAAAAAAACUUGAGGAGGAGAUGGAAAAGAAGCUUAGAAUUACAGAAUCAAAAUCCAAUGUGAAAGAGGUUGAAUGUCCAACUUGCACAGUGCAUUUGAAGGUUGAGGUUCCGAUUACGGGUUCAAAAACCAUAGAAUGCAGUGUGUGUCAGCAUCCUUUCCUUGUGAAUGCACGUUGAUGAUUGAUCUUUUUUUUUUCUUUUUUUUUUUGAAUAUUUGUUGUUGUUGGUGAUAGAAAAUUAGACUUUAUAAAUUGGUUAUAAUUUCUGAUUAUGUAUUGGUGUGAAUAAUAACAAAUUUGUUUCACUUACACAACUAAGGCAUAAAUUGAUAAAAAAAGAACGGAU